GUGUGACAUCAUCCCAUCCAGAUCACAUCACAUCCACAUCCACAUCCACAUCUCACGUGUAAUCUCGAUAUAGUGCUUGAACUCCUCAGUGCCCAGUGGCCACCCCGCCCACCACCAGUGACCAAACCAAACCAAACCCCGCGACUAAUCUUACCAAUAAUGCUACUGCUGCAAAAAUCGAAACCGGAAUUGAAACAUCACGUCCAAUGUCUCGCCUGCGACGAGCCCAUCCAUGCCGACGAUAUCCGCUACCACCGCACGACGAGGCGCCACGUUGACACCGCUAAGCGCUGCGGCUUGUGGUGUGCGCUGUGCGCAAAAACGUUCAUCUCCGCGGCGGGGGCGAGGGAGCAUCGCGAGUCGCUGCACUCGCCGCGGGAUGUACGUGUGGUGACGAUGGAGCCGCGGAGGGCAGUGGAUGGCGCAGAGGGGAGGUGUGGUAUCUGCCUCGAGCUGCUGGACGGGGAGGACGAGGAACACGAGAGCUCGACGGUCCACACGGAUGCGUGCAAGGCGCUCGGCCUCUGGUGUGCGGCGUGCAAAUGCGUCCGGGCGGCGACAGCGGCGCACGUCUGUCUUGCUUCUGCCUCUCCCGCUCCCUCCUCCUCUACCUGUAUCUGUCGCGACUGUGGAGAGCAGUUUCCAACGCGGAAUCAAAGGAAGAAACACAAGACGCGUGGGGAGUGCGCGGUGGUGGGGGAGCCACGGGGAUGUUUUUGUAGUGUCUGUGCGGUCUUUGUCGCGGCUGAGGAUGUGCGCGCGCAUAAAGAGGCGGAGGGACACGGUGCGAUGGCCAAGCAGAGGGGGUUGUGGUGUCCACUGUGCGAUGUCGCUUUCAUCAACGAGGCGGGGCUGGAGAAUCAUCGUGUGCGGAGUACGAGGCAUUUGGAGAAGGUGAAAAGAGGCAUCGGAGGGGACGGGAGAGCUACGGGGGGCAUAGGUGUUUGAGUACGGAUACCCAUAUUCGAGCAGUUAUCCGCCGGCGCGCAUGAAACGUCACUCGAGCGUGUGAGGAAUA